CUUUAUAGACAAUGAAUGGCACGAUGCCGUCAGCAAGAAAACCUUCCCCACCAUCAACCCGUCCACUGGAGAGGUCAUCUGUCAGGUGGCUGAAGGGGACAAGGGUGAUGUGGACAAGGCAGUGCAGGCUGCCCGGGCCGCCUUCCAGCUGGGUUCACCCUGGCGUCGGAUGGAUGCGUCUGAGAGGGGUCGUUUGCUGAACCGCUUGGCCGAUCUGAUUGAACGAGACCGGACCUACCUGGCCGCUUUGGAGACCCUGGACAAUGGCAAGCCCUAUGUCAUCUCCUACCUGGUGGAUUUGGACAUGGUCAUCAAAUGUCUCCGGUAUUAUGCAGGCUGGGCCGAUAAGUACCAUGGGAAAACCAUUCCUAUUGAUGGGGACUUCUUCAGCUACACCCGUCAUGAGCCGGUGGGCGUGUGUGGGCAGAUCAUCCCUUGGAACUUCCCGCUCCUGAUGCAAGCAUGGAAACUGGGCCCGGCCCUGGCAACUGGCAACGUGGUUGUGAUGAAGGUAGCUGAGCAGACACCACUCACCGCUCUCUACGUGGCCAAUCUGAUUAAGGAGGUGGAUGAAACUCAGUUUAAGAAGAUCCUUGGCUAUAUCCAAUCUGGGAAGCAGGAGGGGGCGAAGCUGCUGUGUGGUGGCGGCGCUGCUGCUGACCGCGGCUACUUCAUCCAGCCCACUGUCUUUGGAGACGUGCAGGACGGCAUGACCAUUGCAAAGGAGGAGAUCUUCGGACCAGUGAUGCAGGUGCUGAAGUUCAAGACCAUUGAGGAGGUCGUCGGGAGGGCCAACAAUUCCACGUACGGAUUGGCUGCCGCUGUCUUCACCAAGGACUUGGACAAGGCCAAUUACCUGUCCCAGGCCCUGCAGGCUGGCACCGUGUGGGUCAACUGCUACGAUGUGUUUGGGGCGCAGGCUCCCUUCGGUGGCUACAAGAUGUCCGGGAGUGGCCGCGAACUGGGCGAGUACGGCCUGCAGGCGUACACCGAAGUGAAAACCGUCACUGUCCGGGUCCCACAGAAGAACUCAUGAAGAGCCAUGCCGGCCCCCCGUGUGACGAGGUCAGCAAUAAGACCAAGAAAAAGGACUCCUGUGUGCUUGCCAAGAGAGAAAUUCCACCCACAACAUUUGAAUUUAAAAUCAGUCUAGUAUCGUACCCCAUCACCUGCUACAUUUAUGUAACUUGCAUUUGGGGAGAGAAAUCAUUUUCUUAUAUUUGUACUAAUAUCAGGCAACAGCUUGCACCUUUGUAAUCCAGACUAAAAACCAUUAAACACAACACUUCUUAAAAACAA